UUGGGGAUCGUUUCUUGGAUACCAUUGAUUUCUCCUUCCUUCCUUCUUCUUUGGGUGUAUAUAAUUUUUAUUAGUGCCUGCAGGUUGAGAAAGAUCCUGUCUUUGAGCUUCUGCAUUUAGAAUUUUGAUAGACUUUGGAAAGUAGAGAAGGAAGAGGAAGAAAGAUGGGCUGCUUUUCUUGUUGUGAGUCGGCAAUGGACGCCGGUGGGGGGUAUGGCAACCGAUGUACCGGUAACAACAAUAAUGUGAAGUCAUUUGCUUCAUUCGUCAGGAACAUAGGUAGUACCAGGCAGAGGAUUAUUGCUGCAGAAAUUCAAAAGAUUGGAAACCCAAAAGUAUUUGCUCGUACAUUCACCUUUGAAGAGCUGAUGAUUGCCACUGACAACUUCAAUCCUGCUUGUAUGAUUGGGGAAGGUGGAUUUGGGAGAGUGUACAGAGGACAUAUUGAAAGCAUUGAUCAAGUGGUAGCUGUGAAGAAGCUUGACAAGAAUGGACUGCAAGGAAGUAGAGAGUUCUUCUCAGAGGUUCUGACAUUAAGUCUGGUUCAGCACCCCAAUCUUGUUCAGCUGAUUGGUUACUGUGCGGAAGGGGAUGAAAAAAUUUUGGUUUAUGAAUACAUGGCUAAUGGUUCUCUGGAAAAUCACCUUCUUGAUUUGCCUCCAGGUAAAGAGCCAUUGGACUGGAAUAUUAGGAUGAAAAUAGCUGAAGGAGCAGCUAAAGGACUAGAAUACUUGCAUGACUUUGCAGAUCCACCAGUGAUUUAUCGUGAUUUUAAAGCAUCAAAUAUACUAUUAGAUGAUGAUUUCAAUCCCAAACUCUCUGAUUUUGGCCUUGCCAAGUUAGGUCCAACUGGAGGAAAGGACCAUGUAUCCACAAGGGUCAUGGGGACCUACGGCUACUGUGCACCUGAGUAUGCAAUGACUGGGAAACUGACAACAAAGUCUGAUGUGUACAGUUUUGGCGUUGUGUUCCUGGAGAUAAUCUCUGGUAGGAGAGCUAUUGACUUUAAAAUGCCAACCGAAGAACAAAACUUGAUUGACUGGGCCGAACCAUUGUUCAAGGACAAGAAGAAGUUCAAGAUGAUGGCAGAUCCGCUGCUUGAAGAGAAGUACCCUCUGAAGGGUCUUUAUCAAGCUCUAGCAGUUGCAGCAAUGUGUCUCCAAGAAGAAGCUGACUCCCGGCCUUUGAUUGGAGAUGUUGUAACAGCUCUUGAGUUUCUGGCAAUGCCAAAAGAUCAUGAGAAAACUGCUGCAGAAUCUGUAAACAGAAGUGGUAGAUAUGUUGAUUCUGUGACAGGAGAAAGUACCAAAGAUAACAAUGAGCUAUAGUACCAUGGCAUGGGAUCAAUCUUAAAAAAAAAAAAUGAUGUGAAGAUCUUUUAAUGAAAACUUCGAUACCAUUCAUAGAAAAUAUCACUUUGUUAAAGAGAAUUACUUUGUAAAGCAUUCUUCAUUUUUUGUAUUGGCAAAUUGAAGAGUUCUUUGUUCCAAACUAGAGGCUGUAUGUUUGGCCACUAUUACAACUUAGGUAGGAAUGGGCAAUUGGAGAAAAGAAAAUGUCAUAAAUUUG